CAAGAACAAUACAGCUUUCUUUCUCUGUGUCGGAGAGAGAGAGAAAGUUCAGGGUUUAGACCUAAUUCUCAAAUUGAACGAACUGAUUAGGGCUCUGCCAUUCACUUUUACCCAAACAAAAUUUUAAAUUCUCUGCAAGUUCUUCUCUGCUCUGCUCUGCUCUGCUCUGCUCAGCUCUGUUCAGCUCAGCUCGGGUGCGCAAAAGUAUUGAAUUGAUAAAGCCCUAAUUCGCAGCAAUGACUGAGUAUUGGGUUAGCCAGGGCAACAAAUGGUGCGACUUCUGCAAAAUCUUCAUAUCAAACAAUCCUUCCAGCAUUAGAAAUCAUGAGCUUGGUCAACGUCACAAGGAUAGUGUUUCCAAGAGGCUGGAUUCUAUGAGAAAAGAGGGUGCUGCCAAGGAGAAGGAAAAAAAGGAAGCAGCCCGUGCCCUUGAGCAAAUUGAAGCAAAAGCAAAGCGUAGCUAUCAGAAGGAUAUAGCAAAACUUCAAGAGGUUAGAGAUUCUCAUGCCCAAGCAUUGAAUGAUCAAGAUGAAGAAUGGGAGUAUGACAGCACUUCGGGCUAUUAUUACAACAAAAGUAAUGGUUUCUACAAUGACCCAAACUCAGGCUUUUACUAUUCUGAUGCAGUAGGGAAGUGGGUGACACAGGAAGAAGCAUAUGCCACACCUCAGUUUUCCUCAAAUUCUAAACAUAAAGGACCCACUUUGAAAAGGCCGUUGUCAGCUUCAGAGGCAGCACUAGUUACAGAAAAUAAAGAUGCUGCUAAAGUUCAAAGUGGACCAGCACCUGGGCCUGUUGUUUCAGCUUCUUUAAAUCCCAUGAGAUCCGUUAAAGGUGCUCCAUCAUCAGUUGCUAUUGGCAAGAGAAAGAGGCAAGAUGAGAAGCCAAAGGUUAUAUCCAAAGAAGAAGCAGCUGCCCUUAAAGCAAGGGAAGCGGCAAAGAAGAGAGUUGAAGAAAGGGAAAAACCGUUGCUUGGCCUCUACAGGCCUCUUUAAUUUUAAUUUGUCUCGGAACAAGGGGUAUGUUUUUAGCAUUUCUUUUCAGCCAUAUUUUUAUCUCAAUUUAUGUUCCAACGUAUAAGUUGAUGUGCUACUCCACACAGCAGAUAAAAAAACUAAAAUGAUUGCUUCCAUCAAUCUACAUAUUUCCUUCUCAUAAUUAACUCCAUAUGAUUGUGAGCAUGUUGUGUAGUGCACAAUCAUGUUGUGAGGAUUAUGGGUCUGAUAAUGCAAUGUCGGUCUCAAUUAUAUCAUU